UUUGCUUUUUUAAAAAUGAUGAUUCGUUUCAACUGUAUAUUAUUUUUAUGCAGCUGUUUUGCAUUCCUAAAGAGUAAAGAGAAGAUGAUGCGCGGUGCUCGCCGAGGUUGUGUACGUCUGAGGGGUGCUGUCAUUGGAAUCGAUGAUGAGGAUGACAGUACGUUCACCAUCACAACAGCUUCUUGUAAAGACGACCCCAAGACUUUUCACUUUCAGACACGCAAUGGAGAGGAACGUGAACGUUGGGUCAGAGCCCUUGAAGAUACCAUUUUACGACAUUCACAUGCGCGAUGGGACCCUAAGAAAUCACCGCCCAAACAAGACUUUGAUCGCAAAGUAGCUGAGGCAGAUGCAUAUCUUCAAUUAUUAAUUGAUCAAAUUAAAUUAAUCGAGGGAAAACAGAAAACCGUGGACGAAGGAGACGAGGAAAAGCAACAGAGGUAUGCAGCCAUCCUAACGCAAGCCAACGCAAUGCUUAAUUCUGUUAAGCAUACCAUUGUACAGCUGCAAAUUGCAAAGAAUACGGCCAUUCCUGUUAACGGUAUCUACAGAGGACCAACUGAACCAGUACAUGUUGCACCGACGUUAACACAUGUCGCUGCUGGAGAAUCUGAGUCUACUGUUCAAAUUGGAAUUGAAUUAGGUUCCGAAUGCGUUGAGCCAAGAGUGCCAAGUUUACCAAAUGCUAGAAGCCUUCCAGUACCAGAGUUUUCAUACUCUUCCUCGGACGAAGAUGACGAUUACUAUGACGCGGCUGAUGAGAUUGCACCUCCUUCCUCAUCUCAAAGCCAUUCUCAACUUAGACGACGUGAUAACGACCGGUUACAAUCACCAACAGAAAGUAGUUCAAAUGAUAGUCGUAAACAGCCGCCACCUCCUCCGCCAACCAAAGGUGAUGGCUCCGUGGAUUAUGAUGCAUUGUACGAGGAAGAAAGCGAACCAGAAAUGGAUUCAAUGGAAAGCCAUGGCUCGGUUGUGACACAUUUGCUGUCACAAGUGAAAAUUGGCAUGGAUUUGACAAAGGUAGCUUUACCAACAUUCAUCCUAGAGCGCAGGUCGCUUUUAGAAAUGUAUGCAGAUUAUUUUGCACAUCCUGAUCUUUUUGUAAGCAUAGCAGACAUGCCAACCCCUAGAGACAGGAUGGUGCAAGUUGUACGCUGGUAUCUAUGUAGCUUCCAUGCAGGUCGAAAAUCCGGGGUUGCUAAAAAACCUUACAAUCCCAUAUUGGGCGAAAUUUUUCGGUGUCACUGGAAUCUUCCUACGAAUGCUACUGCCGAUGCUGGUACAAAUCACGGCUCAAAACCUUUGAAUGAAGGACCCGUACCAUGGUGUCAAGAAAAUCAACUCUCAUUCGUUGCAGAACAAGUUUCUCAUCAUCCUCCAGUAAGUGCAUUUUAUGCCGAACAUUAUGGGAAGAGGAUAAGUUUUGGCGCGCACGUUUGGACAAAAAGCAAGUUUUUAGGUCUUAGUAUAGGUGUGCACAACGUAGGGAAGGGCUGGGUUAAUGUAUUAGAUCACGGAGAGGAAUACGUUUUGACAUUUCCAAAUGGUUACGGUAGAUCCAUACUUACCGUGCCUUGGAUAGAAUUGGGUGGAGCAGCAACGAUAACAUGUGCGCAGACUGGAUAUCAAGCAGCUGUAGAUUUUUUGACUAAGCCUUUCUACGGUGGUAAACGUAAUCGUAUCACCUGCCAGAUCACGCAACCCGGAGAUAAAAAGCCAUUCGUGGUAAUUAAUGGAGAAUGGAGUGGUGCGAUGGAAGCUAAAUGGGCUGAUGGAAGGACGGAGGAUUUUGCUGACGUCCGGGAAAUGCGUAUUGAGAAGAAACUGGUCAAAUCAAUUUCGGAACAAGAAGAAUAUGAAUCGAGGAAAGUCUGGCGAGAGGUUACUGUAGGCUUACGUAUUAAUGAUAUGGAUAAAGCAACUGCUGCUAAAUGUUCUAUUGAGCAGAAACAACGGGAUGAGGCGCGGAUUCGAAAGGAUAAUAAUAUUACCUGGCAAACAAAGCUUUUCAAAGAGACUAAGGAUGGUGGAUGGACAUAUAUAAAACCUCUUGCCGAUAGGCUGCACACUACUUCCGAGGAAACUGAGGCAACGUAAAUAUGCGUAACGAGCAAUAGUUAUAAUAGUCAUGUACAUUUACAGAUCGCACAGUAAUAAUAGAAUAACAGGCCUAACGCCUUAAAUCGUACGUGACUCUGAAAGCCUGUGCAUUGGUACGAUAUAAAUAUAUUUUUUAGGAUGAUCAAAUACAAAUAAGAGUGAGUAGACAUAAUAAAAAUUGCCUUUGAAACAGGAUAAUAGUGAUAUGAAACUUAGUCCAUUCAUUAACAUAGAAUCUUACAAUUUUAACAGUCUUCUCUGCAAGCUUUUUUGAACAGUGAAAUGAUGUCAAUUUUAAUAAAUAUUUAUAAUGAAAAUGGAAAUGAAUCAAUUAACAAUAGAUUGGCUUCUUAAACGAAGUGUUGUUGGACAGUUGGGAACAUUUGUCUGUCCUUUUAAUGUUGGUUAUAAAUUCUGAGAAUAAUAUAUAAACCAAUACACUUUAUAUUAAAAAUAGUGCAUAACUCAAUUAUGUAUAAGGCUUUGGGAGUACACGUACUUCAGUGGCCUUUUUCAAACAGAUCAAGGAUAAUAUUCAUGCGCAUCUCGUGCGUGUUAUGAAUUAUUCCUCGGAGUAUGUAUGUAAAAUUAUCUUUGAUCUAAGUUGUAGAUGAACGCACUGAUUAUAAAUAAAACAAUUUGUUUUAUAGUAUAACUAAGAUACAAACUUAAAUGUUUUACUUCCAAAUUAAUGACAGUGAUGUCUAUUAUUAUCCAUGAUAUUGUCUAGUUGGAAUGAUCAUCUGAGACAAAUGAUAGUUGUUACGAAACUUAUGAAAUUCCAAAUACACGUAGAGCAAUUAAUUUUUUUUUUGAAUAAAUGAGACUCAUAAAAACAACUAUAAGAACUCAUUAGGACAAUAUUCGCAAUAUGUAAUGCUUCUCGCAUUAUUAUUAUAUAGUCUAUCAUAAUUGUAAUUAAAACAAAAAACAAAGGAGAAAUUGAGUUAUGAAAUAUUGCAACUCCAGAUAAAAUCAUACACAACGAGCGUGUACUUAUACCUCGUACUUAUCAUGAUUUUUCUAGAUAAUAUGAACAUUUCAAAGCAAAUGUUUGUUAUAUGUAUAUGAGUUAUUCUGGUGUUAACGCCAGAAAGUAAAAGAGUUAUUCUGUAUAUUGUCUGAAGGGCCGCUGCUAACUUUAGUGUGAGUGAUGAUGAUAAUAAAAAAGAAACGUUAUAGGUUUACGAAUAAAGAACUUGUUACUGUUUUUGUUCGAGAAUGUAGCAUAAUACCACAAUCAAUGUUCUGAAGUCUUGUGCCAGUUACAUAUUAUAAAUAAGAGGAAUAGUGGAGAAUAAAGAUGAGGAUUUGGCUGAA